AUGGAGGCAAGGUAUUUCUAUUUUACCAUCCAUUGUGCUAGAGACCUUAUAGAUGUUCGAACCUUUGGGGAAAUGAAAGUUUACGCGAAGGUUUCAAUAGCAGGAAGGAGCGGGUGCACGGAAGUUGAUCUUGUGAACAAGACGAAUCCUGAUUGGAAUACUAGGAUUUGCUUCUACGUGCCCGAGAAAGAUAUCAUACGAGGGUAUGUUGAUGCUGUUAUUGAGUUGUUUUGUAAAAGGAGUUUCUCAGAUGACAAGUAUGUUGGCCAGUUAAACCUCACUUUAAUAAGACCUUUUAAGAAAGAAGAGUGUAAUUUGUCAGUGCGUAGGAAUGAUUCAAAUAGCAAUAAAAGUUUUGGGACUUUGAAGUAUUCAUAUGAAUUAGGAGAUAAAAUAGUCGUAGUUCAAGACUCAUCAUCAUCAUCGGAGAUAAUUGAUAUACUCGAGUUUGGAUUGAAGGUAGUGAAAGUUGGAAUGGAAGUAGUGACAAUAAUGACUACAUGA